CACGGCAAGUCUUGCAUCAAGUAUAAAGACGAAAACACGGAGUUCCCUUCGCGUGGCUGUGUUUACAUUAAUCCCAAGAAUAAAGGGCACUUGAGGGCAAACCGCGACAUUACUUUUAUUGACACUCAUAGCACGAAAGAUUUUUUUUUUUUAGCAUGUAAAGAUUUACACGGCCGACUAGUGGCAUGUGAAUCUCCUGCUUCACUAAUGUGCCAGCCUUCCAAAUGGAAAGGGGGCUUCGCUUUGGCAGCGUGAGCUUUUCUCGGUCGUUCCUGCUCCUCAGCGUGGUCAUCGGCCUCGGGACCCUGCACACUUUGGGCUUCGUCGUCGCCGGCAGAGAGCCCCAGCUGGCCUCAAGGGGCUCGGGCGAUGGACACCGAGCGGUCAAGCUGCGCCCCGGGGUGGCGGAUGUGACCGUGGAGGACGUGGAGAGCGGGCCGACUGCCGCCGAGGACGACGGGUCCUGCGGGGGAGAACGCCACGGAAGUGUCCCGAUGAGGAGGUCUUUGGUGAUCAUCAGCACCCUGGACGGCCGCAUCUCAGCGUUGGAUCCGCACAAUCAAGGGCGCAAGCAGUGGGACAUGGACGUCGGCUCUGGGUGCCUGGUUUCCUCCAGUCUCAGCAAACCUAGGUGUUUGGCAGCAAGAUGGUGAUCCCGUCUCUGGACGGCGCCUUGUUCCAGUGGAACCGCGACCGCGAGAGUAUGGAGGCAGUGCCUUUCAGCGUGGAGUCUCUGCUGGAGUCGUCCUACCGCAUCGGAGAAGACACCGUCCUGGUCGGCGGCAAGUCGCUCACCACCUACGGCCUGGGCGCCUACAGCGGAAAGCUGCGCUAUAUCUGCUCCGCGAUGGGCUGCAGCCGCUGGAGGCCCGAGGAAACGGAGGAGGCCGAAGAUGUGCUCCUGCUUCAGAGGACCCAGAAGACGGUCCGAGCCAUCAGGCCCCGUUCAGGAAUGGAAAAGUGGAACUUCAGCGUGGGAAACUUUGAGCUGAAACUCCUGCCGGAGGCGCAGUCGGCCAUCAACUUCCUGGAGGCAGAGAUGGCCAGCGGCGACCCCUGGCGGCGGGCGAAGCGUCAGAGAAUUAUCACGGAGGAGUCCAAAGAACAGGCGGACAACAAGAAGAACCAGAACCUGGACCUGGUCAUCAAAGUGUCCGUCCCCGAUUGGAAGGUGAUGGCCUUCAGCACCGAGCCCGAUGGACAGCUGGUCUGGGAACAUCAGUUCUGCACUCCCAUCGCCUCUGCCUGGCUGGUGGGCGGAGGCCAAGUCACCCCCAUCAGCCUGUUUGACGACACGGCCUACAGCAACCAGUCGGAAACGGACGAGGAGGACGACGACGGCGACAAUCCAGACGCCUCCAAAGAUGCUUCGGCGUCCAGCGUUUACCUGGGGAUGUUCCAGGGUCAACUCUACCUCCAAUCCUCGGUGAGGAUCACCGAAAAGUUCCCGUCAAAAGCCAUCGGGUCCGAGAAGGACAUCAUAGCGUUACCGACUGUCAAAUGGAAGCCUCUUAUCCAUUCCCCGUCUCGGACUCCGGCCUUGGUCGGCUUCGACGAAUUCGACAAGUGUCUGAACAAUGACAAGUUCUCCCAUGACGAGUACAGCAACGGAGCUCUGUCCAUCCUGCAGUAUCCUUACGACAACGGCUACCACUUCCCCUACAGCAAGCGCUACCGGGAGAAGCGGGACAGCGCGGUGAGCGUGAUCAAAAGAAGCGGGGCACAGCCCGACGGCGGCAGGAACAAAGACCCCGUGCUGCUCCUGCCCUGGUGGAAGGAGAUCCUGGGAACCAUCGUCUUCUGCAUCACCGCCACCACCUACAUCGUACGCAAGUUCUUCCACCCGUCGGCCUCCGUUGGCGUCAGGCAACGUAAAGAGUCUGAGACACAGUGCCAGACCGACAAGACUGACCUCGAGGUCGUCGAAUCCAAAGAGCCCGAUGCCGAGGAAACGCGCUGCAGCAAAUACGUGUCCAGGUACCUGACGGACUUUGAGCCCGUGCAGUGCCUCGGGCGCGGGGGCUUCGGAGUGGUCUUCGAGGCGCGCAAUAAAGUGGACGACUGCAACUACGCCAUCAAGAGGAUCCGGCUGCCCAACAGGGAGGUGGCGCGCGAGAAGGUGAUGCGGGAGGUGAAGGCCUUGGCCAAGCUGGAGCAUCCCGGCAUCAUUCGCUACUUCAACGCCUGGCAGGAGAGCCCUCCCGAGGGCUGGCAGGAGAGGAUGGACCACAGGUGGCUGCAAGACACCAGUGUCACCGAGUCGCCAAUGAGCUUCGUGGAGCACAUGGAGCCGCUCUCCGUCAAAGUGCCCGUGUCCCAUUUUUCGCCACCGGGCAGCGGCUCGGGCGCCGGCGCCGCUGCUCCGAUGGUGAACGGGCACGUUCGGCAUCGCCCGUCGCUCGUCGACGGCUCCGACACCACCGCGGGCUCGGGCACCAACGGCAACGCGUCCCCGCACCCUCUUCUGGGCCAGGACAGCCUCGGGUCCGAACCGGACAGCCAGGCCGAGCCGGACCGCCCGGACACACCCGACUCAUUCGAUCUGUGCCUGCCACACCGGCCCAGCGACUGCACCUCGUCCUCCUUCGACAUCGUUUUUGAGGACUCGGGAUGCGACCGCGACGCCGAGGUGGAAGCGGAUGCGGAGGAGGACUCGGCCUCCGCCGCCACCCAUCGAGACCCGCGCAGCGUCGGGGGGACCGCUUCGUCCUCGCCGCGCACCCCGCGGCCCGAGGACGGCCAGCCCUCCUCUUCCUCGCCUCCUCGGCCCAACUCGCUGGCCCUGGCUCUGCCCGUGACUCUGGCCAGCCAACAAGCGCAACCGUCUCCCAAGGUGUACCUGUACAUCCAAAUGCAGCUGUGCCGCAAGGAGAACCUGAAGGACUGGAUGGCCCGGCGCUGCCUCCCCGAGCAGAGGGAGCACAACCAGUGUCUGGACAUUUUCCUGCAGAUUGCCGAAGCCGUCGACUUCUUGCACAGCAAGGGCCUCAUGCACAGGGACCUCAAGCCGUCCAACAUCUUCUUCACCAUGGACGACGUGGUGAAGGUGGGCGACCUCGGCCUGGUGACGGCCAUGGAGCACGAGGAAGAUGAGUGCGAGCAGUGCGCCCUGACGCCGGCCCCGCUCCUCACGCGCCACACGGGCCAGGUGGGAACCAAACUCUACAUGAGCCCCGAGCAGCUCUCCGGACAGUCGUACUCGCACAAAGUGGACAUUUACUCUCUGGGCCUGAUCCUGUUUGAGCUGCUCUACCCGUUUCGGACGCAGAUGGAAAGAGUGAGGACGUUGAUGGAGGUUCGGUCGCUGCGCUUCCCAGAAUCCUUCUCCAAAAACAACUUCCACGAGCUGAGCAUGGUGCUUAGCAUGCUGUCGCUCAUCCCGGGCGAGCGUCCAGAGGCGGCGGACAUCACCGGCCUGCCGCUCUUCCGGGAUUUGGAGCUUCCGUGCCGGCAGGCGGCCGUGCGACAGCGCUCGCGUACCUACAGCACCUCAUCGACGGGCGGCGGCGGCGGGGGAGGAGGAGGACGCCUCCCGCGACAGCCCUCCGCCACCUGACGGAACCCCCCCAAUCCCCAAGGAAACGACAUUUUCUACACUACUGCUACUGAAUUCAGCCAAGUGCUUCUCUGAACUAUUUUUUACCCCCUUCCUCCGGUCAUGCUUCAGUCCCGACACCAUGGUUACACGCACACACACGCCACACCUCAGGUAUGACAACCACGAGGAGAUGCCUUCAGUCUCAUGCCUGAUUUGGAAGACCAAAAAAGAAAAAGAAAGACGCUCUUUUAUUCAUAUUUCGUUUGAACUGUAAGAGGAUGUGAGAGGAUCUGAAUUGCCUUUCGACUAAAUGAAUGGCCCCAGCCAGUGCUUUUGACUACUACUACUCUACAUCUGUUACGACCCCUUUCACACUGAGCUGGUAUCGGUGCCGCUUGACAAGUCAAGCUAACUUCAAAUGGUUAGCCUGAUAGCAUCGGAGAAAAAAAAAAAGGCAACAAACGAGAAGAGUCCAGUUGCCGCGAUUGAACAUCCACCACACCAUUUUUAGCAAGCACAUUGGUAUUUUGUAUUUAUUUUGUUUUUUUAACCCUCAUGUGUGCCUAUUGUGACAGGCAGGCUCUGACAUGAGAAGAGCCGCUUUUUUUUCCUCUUUGUAAAUACAGCUAGAAAUGACGCUGUUCUGCGUGAAACUCCCAAAAAUUCGAUUUUUUUUCCCCCCCUUACAAAAUGUCACCGUUUUCCCUCACCACAUACUUCAAAGUCAAUUCUCACAAAUUUCUAACAUUUUUGUCGCAAAAUUUUGGCAAUGAGUGGCUCGGUGUGAAAGGCUUCCUUCAGUCUUGGUGGUUGUUGGGCGGACGUUGGGCCACGUUCCGCUUGGAAGCGGAAGUAGGAUGAUAGCAGUCGGCGGGACAUGCACUUCGGGGAAGGUUUCAGCGCAACCUCGGAAGUGUGACAACCACUCGCUUAUCGUAGCGACCGCUCGCUUCUCACUGCAGUUUUGUGGUCUGUUUUCCCAAGAUGGCUGUUGUCUCCAACAUUUUUUCUCUAUUGGUUUUGUUCUUCUCCAAUUGCAAAAUGGCCUCACAGUUAGCCUGUACAGUGCCCCCUAGUGCUUGGGCAUGUACACAUCUUUUUUAUAUUGGAAUUAUUUUCUUUCUAAACUCCAAGUGCCAUUAUUAUUAUUAUUAUUAUUAUUAUUAUUAAUUCAAUCCAGCCUUGUACAUGUGGGCAUGCCCCAAGUAUGAGGAACCAUGCUGAAAAGAAGAGUGGUGGGAAAAUCAAGUUAAAAAAUCUUUGCACGGUUAAUGCCAAAUUCUCCUGUUGCGACAAUUCUCGCAUAAUUAUGACAUUUUUCAAAUUUUCCAUUAAACUAUGACUUUAUUCUGGGAAAAUUUCAACUCUUCUCAGAAAAGUUCCUAUUUUUGGAGGGCCCUGAAAAUAGCGACUUUUGUCGGUGAACGUUUUUUUUUUCCCCCACAAAAUAUUACUAGAAUUUUAUUCCUGGAAAAAUACAUUCACUUUUUUCUUUUUUGUUUUUCUGUAGGAUCAGAUUAUAACUUUGUUGUAGAAAAAAUACAACUGACAAAACGUACACUUUUUUUUCUCUGACAGUUACAACUUUUUUUUCCUGAUAGUUUUUCUCAAAAUUAUGACUUCACUCUCUCAAAUGGAUGACUUCCAGGGAAACAGAUACAUUUUAUUUUUUCAUUUCCAGAAAAUUACCACUUCUUUUUCACAAUUUACGUUUCAUUUUCAUAAAAUGACUUUUUUCUGAUCACAACAUUAUUGUUGGAAAAGUAGGGCUUUUACGAUUUAACUGUCAGAAAAUUCGGACUCAAUUUUUCUGCCAAAAUGUCAAUGUCGUUCUCAUAACGACUUGCCCCCACUAAAUUCACAACCAAUUCUGUCCCCCCUCCCCCAAGUGAAUUUUAUGCUUGCAAAAGUACAACUUUUUUCCCCCGCUCAUAAAAUUUAAUUCUCUGACAACUUUUUUUCCUUGGAUGAAUUAUUUUUUUCUCACGAAUUAAGUCUUAGGAGGGAAAAUACUUUUUUUUUCCUUCUGAAUAUUCCAAAGUUUUUUUCUGCUAAUUGUAUGACUUGAUUUUGUAAUUCUGAUUGUAAUGUUUGUGGUGUUGAGCGUGGGCUGAAGAAGCCACUGCCGAAUUUUGGCACGUGAGCCGGCGAAAUCCUGGACCUGAUGGCGGUCACGUGACCUGCUCGCCAAGUGCUGAGAGUCACAUGACCCGUCGUGUGCUCCAAGAUGGUUGUUUUCUAACGUUUUGGGGAUAAGAGCAAUUUUUUUGUUUGUUUGUUUGUUUUUGUUAUUAUUAUUCUUGUUGUUGUUCCAAUUGUUAUCUGGCGUUUUCAGAAGUCAAGUGAUGUUCAUGCCUUCUGCGCCAUUUUUCUAAAGUGAGCCAGGCACGCACACAAUGUUGCGGACAAUCACCAACUCAUCAUCAUCUUCAUUGUCCAAGUCAAAUCGUCAUUGAUUGUUCAUCUCCUGAUUGCGGAGGUUUCGCUGCCUUUUGUUUGGCUCUGACAGAGAAGGAGGGGGGGGGUGGAUAUCAUGGGACAAGUAGCUUGGUCCUACUCUGCAAAAACAAACAAAACA